GCAUAAAUGAAUUAGGUUUAUGCAGAUUAUAUAAAAAGAAGCUAGUACGAAUUUAGCUAAUUAAGCGACUCCCACACUUGGGCAAUUGCGCUGUGAACUUUUCGAAUUCGCCAAAGUCAUAGAACAAUCGAACCGAAAUUUACCAUUCUUGCGAUUCUCCGAAUUUCUAGAUCUCAUACAAGAUGGCCGUCACCGCUAGCAACCUCGUCUCCGCCGACCUCAUCUGGGAGAUCUCCCGAAGCAACAACUCCUACCUCGUCAAGAGAAAGGAGGCUGGUGGUGUCCAGUUCUCUCGGGAUCCUCUUAACCUGGUGAACAAGAACAGCCGCAAGUAUGCCGGUUUCCUGAACGACAAGGCUAUUGGCGUCCAGCCCGCCGAGAAGAACGGUGUCAAGGUCAUCAGCAAGAAGGAGUCCGCUUCGCUGAAGCCCGCCAAGUCUACGACCGAGGUUGUCCACAGCGGUGGCCAAACCACACGAAAGAUCUACAAGACCGUCGCCAACAAGGCCGCCGCCGGUGGUUACCGAGCUGACCUCCGCGAAGCCGCCGUUGCCCGUGUCUCCGCUAUCCGCCGAUCCCAGAAGGAGCCCAAGCCUACCCCCGAGUCCAAGCCCCGAGGCGCAAAGGCCAAGAAGGCCGCUGCUGAGUCGUAAGCUUUACAUAGGGGAAGCAAGAAUGCCGACGAGGAUUGGGCGACUACUGCUAGGGAAUGACGGCUAGGGAAUGAGCAUAUGCAUUUAAUUGCUCGGUAGUCAGCCCGAACCUCAACAGUGUUCAAAUAAUACAUGCAUUGAAAAGAAAGGAGCCACAGAUUUUGCGUGAUUUCGAACAUAUCCCGCAUACUUCAAACGACGAAUUUUGCAGAGGAAGUAGGCUGAGAUAAUUACAGUCUAAUAUGGCAGGGCUACCCGGAGAAUCCUGGUUUUGCGGCGUCACGAAAGGGUGUGUGUGACAGCAGCCAAGCUUAUUCGUAUGAUACGGCUACCUUGAGUGAUUUUAUUCCUACAUCCUCCUACAUUCCCCAGUACUUAUCGCAGGCCAGGGGUGAGUCGGGAGGUCUCAUACAUGUAAGUGAGAAGUAAAUUGCCCUUCAUCGUCGGUCUUUUUUCCUAGAGUCCUUAAAAGAGCCAAAAAGGUAUUAAACGUGAAUGAUUUCCCUUUUAGCCCGUCCG